CGCGAUCCAGUAUCUGCCAUAAUACAUGCCAUGCUUCUGCAGGCCCUCUGCAACGUUGAGACGAGCGAGCGAUAGUUCUAGCCUGGACACGUAGCGACCCACUCUCGGGACACCUUCAUACGCAUAUCGAUGUCGCAGAAACAAUUGCACCAACGACUUUGCUGCGCGCGCUGAGAAGCUUCAGCACGCAAGCCGCAGUCUCCGGGUGCCUCACACGAGGUCGAAUCGGGCAUCCGUUGCUGCAGAAGACCACCGCCAUGCAGCUGUCCGCCCGACUUUUGCUGCUGCCAGCGCUGCUGCGGCAGUGUCUGGCAUACACUACGCUGUCUGACGCGACUCUGAAAUCGCUGCCGUCUCCUGGGAAUGACUUUGACAUUCACAAUGGCGCACUGCUUGCGCCUAUCUUGCGAACACGAGUCCCCGGCACUGAGGGAUCACGCGCUGUCCUGCAACACUUUGUCGACUUCUUCAGCAACCACUUGCCCAAAUGGAAGCUGUCUUUUCAAAACAGCUCGUCUACAACCCCGACAAGUAACGGGCAACAAGUUCCCUUUGUGAACUUCAUAGCAACAAGAGAUCCGCCUGGCGCAACAGGAGAUGGAGAUGUUGGCCGUUUGGCGCUCGUUGCACAUUACGACUCGAAGCUCACGCCAGAAGGCUUCAUAGGCGCAACGGAUAGUGCGGCCCCAUGCGCAAUGCUCAUGCACGUAGCCAGAAGCAUCGAUGAUGCGCUGACGAGGAAGUGGGAGUCUGAAAACGCAGCUGGGUCAGUAGCUGACGACCUUGAGGGCUAUAAAGGAGUGCAGAUAUUGCUGCUCGACGGAGAAGAGGCGUUUCAAAUGUGGACAAACACAGAUAGUCUGUAUGGAGCGAGGAGCCUGGCAGAAGAAUGGGAAACCACACAGUAUGCUGGCUGGAGUUCAUAUACCUCUCCGCUCGCUUCCAUCGACCUCUUCGUUCUGUUGGACUUGUUGGGAUCUGCAUCACCCGAGGUACCGAGUUACUUUAAAACAACACAUUGGGCAUACCAGAAAAUGGCUGGCGCCGAGGAUCGCCUGAGAAAGGUGGGUAGGUUCAAGAGCAGUCCAAACCACGUUUCCAAGCGCAAGGCAGGAGCUCCAAGAGUCACGGAACCCAUGUUCCUCCAUGAAUGGCACAAGAGUGAGAAUGAUCGCUGGGUUGGAGGAUACGUCGAGGACGACCAUGUGCCUUUCAUGCAAAAAGGUGUAGACAUUUUGCAUAUCAUCACGUCGCCUUUUCCCUCGGUCUGGCAUACGAUUAACGACGACGGAGAUCAUUUGGACAUUGCGACAGUUGAGGAUUGGGCGCUGCUGACGACAGUAUUUGUCGCGGAGUGGAUGGAUCUGGAAGGAUUCUUCGACGUCAAGGCGACCCCUGCAGUCCAAGCAAAGACCAGGUAUAUCGAGGUUGAAAGGAGGCAAGCACCUACGAGGGAUGAGUUAUUGCUAGAAAGCGGAUUCGAAUGAGUAGUAUCACAUCCAUUGUGCUUCAGGCUUUCUUGAUAGGAUAGCAUAAGAUACUGCAAGCUCAUUGUCCG